GGUGUAUAGAUGCACGACAGUAGAGAUUGGUAUCUUGUAGCUGACCGGUUACUAAAUCAAAUAUUUGCUUUUGCAGUACAAAGAUGUCCACUUCAUCUUCUUCUUCCCAUUUCAAUAGCAUAAGUGAAGGCCCUCCUUGCAAAUGUGGAAUACCAUCACCUAUAAGAACUGCAAACACAGAGGCUAAUCGGGGAAGAAGAUUCCUAGGUUGUGCAAACUAUAAGUUACCUAAUAAUGGAUGUGGUUUCUUCUAUUGGAUUGACCCUGAAAAAGACACGGAAAAACAAAUGUUGGAAGUUGACAACAAGAAUAUGGAGAGAAAAAUUUCGGAUUUGAGACGAGAUAAUCAAGUUUUGAGCAAGGAGGUGGAUGAACUUACAAGAGAGAAUGAGAAGCUGGGAAAGAAAUUACAAGAAGCUGAAGCUAAAUUGUUUGACUACAAAACAAAGUGUUUUAUUAUGUUAUUAGUUUUAUGCAUUGUUGUGUGGUUCAUGAAGAACACUGAAACUGUUCCGAACACGAGGAAUAUGAAAUACUUGCCUUAGUUGUUGAUUUGCUUUUGGCCUAACCCAGUAACUUCUGACUAUUUUGGGAUUCGGUUUGAUG